AUGUGUCCUUUAAAUGGGCAUACUUGGUUAUGGAAUGGUCUUGACAUCUGCACUACUUUUCGAGAUUAUAAGAAUGCUAAAUCGCCAUUAAAUAUUGGUGUUGCCAAUUUUCAUAGCAACUUAUGUAUAGGACCUCUUCCAUCAUCAUUGAUCACGCAUAUUCAAGAACAAAUGGAAAAUGAUGAUUUUAACACAAUCUCCUUUGACGAUGGCAAAAAUUUUAGAAUGAAUAAGUUUUUAAUUGAUAUUGACGAAGAAAUUAUGAAAUUUCUGAACGCAUUUCGAGAUGUUGUUGUUUUUGGGAUAGUCACUGAUGCCGAGAAUUUUUAUUUUAUGGAAUGUUCGUUGGAUAAUCAAGAUAGGCCAAGCUUCAAACUAUCUGAACCCGUGGUCGUUGUAUGCAACGAUGAGGAUAUGGAAAACAUG